GUAUGAUAAGAAUUAAAAACACGGAGAGGCGAAUUUUUCAUUUUUUAAGGAUCAAAAAUUUAUUUUUUAAAUAAUGUAACAUAGAUAAUUAUGGUAUUCGAUUAAUAUAUUAUCCUCCGCAGCUUGACCCAAAUGAUUUAUGUGAAUAACGCAAUUUGUUAUCUAUUCGUUUUAUUGUGAGUUUGGUCAGCCUACAGAUGAAUAAUUUUGGUAUAAAAGCGGUAACAUCCAUCGGAAAGAUAUGGCAACCACAAACAGCAUUUCAUCGCUUUCGUUAUUGGAAACCCGAACCGGAUCCUACCAGAAUUUUUCGUUAUGGGUACAACGAUAAUCACUUUUACAGCGGAUUACUGCCCAGAGGAAAUUUAGGUCGAAUCCAUGCGAUGAAAAUAUACAGACCAAAAGACGCCUUCAAUCAACCGAGAAGAACUUUCGGCCAGAAUGAUUAUAUUGAUAUCUUAGGCGAUGAAAGAAUGCAUCCGUUGAAGUUGGCUGACAAUAUUCCUAAUUGGUUGAAAGGUUUCAAAGGAACUGAAUUAGAAAUGCUAAGGCUGAGGAUGAAUGCUACUAAACAUGUAUUGCCUCAUGCUAAACCACUCAAGUGGAAAAAAAUGCAAACACGUUUUGAACAGUGCUUUUAUUACUUCAACUAUAGAAGGAAAGUCUGGAUGCCUAAACGUUAACUGUACUUUCAGGAGUUGCGAUUCGCGAUCUUAGUUCUUUAUUUUAUACGAUUAAUGUUACAGAUGUUUGUUCUCGAUAUCGACGAAUAAACUUGACGUUUUGUUUAAA